GUUGGCGCGAGAAGGAGAGAGUUCCCGGAGCACGCGGACAGAGACACUGCACUGAGAACAGCGCGCACUUGACGCGCAGCACCAGACCCGCUGCCGGAGCGCCUCUGCUGUUAUUCAAGUUCUCGCGGCUGUUGGAGAAGGACAGCGACAUCGUAGGGAGUUUGGAGGCGUGAACCUGGUCCUCAUAUCAGCCAAAACACUAGCAGAAACAGUGAGGUACUUGGAUAUUCCGCUACUACCAGAAGAUCCGGACGACCAGGACCACUGGACUGGAGCCAGUCGCCGCCAUGCAGCACUACGGGGUGAACGGAUACUCCCUGCACGCGAUGAACUCCCUGAGCGCAAUGUACAACCUGCACCAGCAGGCCGCGCAACAGGCCCAGCACGCGCCCGACUACCGGCCCUCCGUGCACGCGCUCACCCUCGCGGAGAGACUCGCUGACAUCAUCCUGGAGGCGCGCUACGGGUCCCAGCACCGGAAACAGCGCCGCAGCCGCACGGCCUUCACCGCCCAGCAGCUUGAGGCGCUCGAGAAGACCUUCCAAAAGACCCACUACCCCGACGUGGUGAUGCGCGAGCGUCUGGCAAUGUGCACGAACCUCCCCGAGGCCCGCGUGCAGGUGUGGUUCAAGAACCGCCGCGCCAAGUUCCGUAAGAAGCAGCGCAACCUGCAGAAGGAGCAGCUGCAGAAGCAGAAGGACGCGUCCGGGGAGGAGGGAGACAAGGGGGAGCCCGCCGCCUCCUCCACCACCUCCUCCACCAGCGCCAUCAGCACCUCCACCGGAGGCGGCCUGCCCGACACCCAGCUGGCCCCCGCCUCCUCCUCCUCUUCCUCCUCCUCCUCCUCCUCCUCCUCCCUGGAGCUGGAGCGGGCCGCCGGCCGGACCGCCCCCCCGGUGGAGAUGGAGCUCAACGUCACGUCGCCGGAACAUUCCGGGUGCGAGUCGGAGGACAACGGCUCGGACAAGGAGGAGGAGGAGGAGGGGGGGAAACUUCUGCAGGACGAGAUGAGGAGCGAGGCGGCCAUGACGCCCGGACACCUGUCCCCGGGAUGCAAACGACUCAGCCCCAAACCUGACUCCCCCCUGGUGUCCCGGUCGGUGACCCCCGGCUCCAGCAGCGGGGGCAGCAUGUCCGGGGGCGGGCCCCUCCCCCCGGGACACUCCUACUCCUCCUCCCCCCUCAGCCUCUUCCGCCUGCAGGAGCAGUUCCGCCAGCACAUGGCGGCCACCAGCAGCAUGGUGCACUACCCGGCCUUCGACAUGGGCGGCCACCCCGCCUCCCCGCCGCACGGGCUGCCCUACCUGGGCAUGAACGUCAACAUGCCGGCGCCGGCGCCCCUGGGCACGCUGCCGUGCCAGUCGGCCUACUACCAGUCCCUGUCGCACCACGCCGCGCAGCAGGUGUGGAGCGCCCCCCUGCUGCAGGCCUCGGCCGCCGCCGCCGCCGCCGCCGCCGCCGCGGGGGGGCUGAGCAGCCACAACAGCAAGACCACCAGCAUCGAGAACCUGCGGUUAAGGGCCAAGCAGCACGCCGCCUCGCUCGGGCUGGACACCAUGUCCACCUGAAGACCCCCCCCCCCUCCCCCUGGGGCGGACCCUGGGACACCCGGGGAGAGGAGGCCGCGGCUAAUGGAAGGGGGAUGGGAUGAUUAGGUCAGAGCCCCC